CACAUACACCCUCCUCUUAACUCCCAAUGAACUUCCACAUCUCCCCCUUCUCGCCUUUACGACCUCAGUUUUCCUCAGGCAACCUCGGCAGCGCACGCUCCUCCCAUCAGCUGCCUUCCCGCCCCUCUUCCUCGCACCACCAACAUGACCUCGUCCGCCACCACUCCGAUAGAUCCAGCCCCGUCAGGAUUGCUGUCGAGCCGCCUCCCUCGGGCUCGGAUGACGGCGACGAUGUUAUGACCAGUGAUACGGGCGUUGACGAUGACACGGACUCCCUUUCAGAGGGCUCGGCGGCAGACGACGUCACUCAGGACAGCCGCGACGUGCUCGUGCAGCGGCUGAAUGACCUAGCUGAGAAGCUGAGCACCGCGGCGAGCGUAAGGGCUGCUAGCGUGGAGGCCCUGCAUAAGCAGGUCGACGAUAUGGAGAGGACGCUGCGUGGGGCCGGGAGCAGGGACCGGAGCGCAAGCCGGCACUCGAGCUCGACGAGGAGGGAUGAGACGGAUGUGAGGACGGGUUUCGGAAGUAGGCGGAGGAGAAGAAGGAAAGGGUCGCUGCAGCUGCCGCCCGGCGGCGAAUCGCCUCGUGGCCGCGACAACAGCUCACUGGGCAUCAUGGCCCCCAUGAGCCCCUCGUGGUUCAUGUCCCGCUUCCAGCAACAGGGGCGCCCGUCAACAGCAGGCCGGGAGGGGCCUGCCGCCGCGGUGCAGAACUCGCAGUCCCUACCUGUCCCCUCCGAGAUAACGACAAGCCGCCAGCAGCGACCACCGGUCGAGCGUCUUGACUCAGCAGAUGCCGGCACCAGUACGACGCCGCCGAGGAUAUCUUCGGAGGUGGCAGAGACCGUCGUCAUGGAGGCCGAGAAGCUGUGUUCGGAGAUGGCCACCGUCAUAGAGAGCCUUCGGGUGCGGCGCGAAGAGUCAGAUCAUUUACACGCAGUACUUAUCAAGCGAGAAGAGAUGGCAAAUCAGCGUCUCCUCGAUAGCACCACCGCCAUCAGCCGGCUCGAGGAUGUCGUGGCCGAUCACGAAGCAGAGCUGAAGCACCUACGCCUGGAGCUGCGCGCCAUCGAGGUACGCUGUAUGGGCUACGUCCCCGAAGGCGCUGAUCCGGAGCUGGACAGGUCCAUCCGCAACUGGAAGGACGACUGGAGAAACCUGCGGGAGCGGUUCGCGGCCAGGAGGGGCAGCUCCUCAUUCGUCUCUGGAGAUGAGGAUUCGAGCAUGCUGUCUACGCUGGCGGCGACCCCGUCGUCGAUGACGAUGAGUUGAGUGAGAAUUAUCGUAAAACAAUCUUUGUCGAGGUG